UAAUCUGUCAGUCAGUCACACUCACUUUCAUAAUCACAAAUAAAAUAAAAACUGAAUAAAAUCACAAAACCGCAUCUCUGUCAAUAUCAAUACUGGCUUUUGUUGUGUCUACUAACAUUCAACGUUUUACAGGAAAAGCCUUUUUAUUUAAAUUGCAAUGAGCUCAAACUGAUCCAGUGCUUUCCCGCUCCGACGCAAAAUGUCGUUCAUACCAGGGAAUGGCGUUUAUGUGGUCCAGGGAGAAAUGUCGAUCCUCUUGACAGCCAUGAGGAGAGGUGCUCGCUGGUCGUCCCACUCUCAUCUGGAUGAAGAAAAUGACAUCUUGAUUAAAGGUUUCUCAGCUCUUAAAGACGUCUUAAAUUCCGUCGGUGAUCUGAGAGCUAUAGAUCCACUUCAUUUUCUCGAACCAUUUUUAGAAGUGAUUAAGUCAGAAGAGACUACAGGACCGGUCACUAGCCUCGCACUCUCCUCUGUCAGCAAGUUUCUGUCGUAUGGCCUCAUUGACCCUGGAGGCAAGUCAGUGCCAGCAGCUGUAGAGAGGAUCGCAGACGCAGUCACUCACGCUAGGUUUGUGGGGACGGAUCAAGCCAGCGAUGGGGUUGUGCUCAUGAAAAUAUUACAGGUUCUACGCUCGCUGGUAUUGUCUCCUCUCGGAGUGAUGCUCACCAAUGACAGUGUUUGUGAGAUCAUGCUUAGCUGUUUGAGGAUCUGUUUUGAAGUUCGAUUAAGCGAGCUUCUGCGACGGUGUGCCGAGCACUACCUCAAAGACAUGGUGCAACUUUUGUUCACAAGACUGCCUUACUUCUCCGAGGACUUGAGGAAACCCAUCAAUAUGAAGAAGUUAAAAAUGAGAUCUGGAAGUAUUGACCAAUCAAGGGGAAAACGCAAAUUGAAAUCAUCAAUGAGAAAAACUAGUCGGCCACAAAUCAAGACUGAGGACAAGGAAAAACCAUCACACAUUCAAUUGUCAGCAGAUAAUUUUCCACAAGACAAAGUGAGCACAAGUCUUCCACUGGCUACAACCCCUGUAGAGUUUGAAGGAAGUAAAGAGGCGGAGGUGAAGCUUGAAAGUGAAACUCCCACUGUGCAGACGCCCAUUAGUGAUGAAAAUGCAAAUGAAACGGAAACAGUUAGUGGCGAGACUGAGAUAGUAGAGCAACCGCAAAACGAAGAAUCACAGAUCAAUGGAGAAUUACAAAGCAAAGUUGAGGUUGUCCCAGACAGUGAAGAUCCCCAAUGUAAAGAUGGAGGAGCUGCACUAGCAUUAACAGAACAGACAGAACUGCAUACAGAAGAGCAGCCCGAGGAUAUAUCUAGUGAAACACAUGUAGCACCAGAGGACAAGGUGGAUACUCUACAAAUCGAGACCCCCGUAGUAGAGCCCCCUGCAGUGGAGCCCCCAAAGUCCCCUGUAGAGUCAGCCCCACAAUCCCCGACCUCCCCGUCAUCUGAUACUCAUGAGUGGUACAACUCUCAAGGUGUCAGGUUCACCCCUCAAGAGGAAGGAGCAGGCCCACUGGUGCCAUAUGGUGUGCUGUGUGUAAGAGAGCUGUUCAGGUUCCUGGUGUCACUGUGUAACCCUCUCAACAAGGAGAACUCCGAGGUGAUCAUACACACGGGACUGACGUUGCUCACUGUGGCGCUCGAGGUCGGCGCAGACGCCAUCGGCAAGUACGCCACUCUGCUCACAAUAGUCAAGGACGAUCUGUGCCGCAACCUGUUCAUGUUGCUCAAUAGCGAAAGGUUGUCCAUCUUUGCAGCAAAUCUUCAAGUAUCAUUUUUACUCUUUGAAUCGCUCAGAACUCACUUAAAGUUUCAACUUGAGCUAUUCUUGUCACGGCUCUCAGAGAUAAUUGUCUCGGACAACUCCAAAAUAUCUUUUGAACAAAAGGAACUAGCAUUGGAAUGUGUGGUUCAGCUGUGGAGGAUCCCUGGUCUAGUGACAGAACUCUACCUCAACUACGACUGUGACCUCUACUGCCCCAACGUCUACGAGGACCUGACCAAGCUCUUGUCCAAGAACGCUUUCCCCGUGACAGGAGUAUACAGCACGCAUCUGUUGUCUCUAGACGCACUACUCACCAUCAUAGACACCAUAGAACACCAUUGCAACAGCAGAAUCCUCAACGAGAAACAAGUAGACUCCCGCAGAUCUCCAGUAUCUGACGGAACCAUCAACAUAGUGACUCCCUCGUGUGUGAUGGUCAGCAGACAGAAAGUUUCUCAGAACAUUCCUAGUCAUGAACAGCUGAUGGCGAUUAAGAGGAAGAAGAAGUUACUAGCGACGGGCACGGAACACUUUAACGUGAAGCCCAAGAAAGGGAUACAGUUCCUGCAGGAGCAUCACAUCCUGUCCGGAGGUCUAGAGCCACAUGAGGUGGUGCAGUUCCUCAAGGAGAACCCCCACCUGGACAAGAAGAUGAUCGGGGAAUACAUCAGUAGCCGCAACAACCUGGCUGUGCUCGACGCGUUUGUCAAGUCUUUUGAUUUUACAGACCUGAGAAUAGAUGAAGCUCUGAGGUUAUAUCUUGAAACUUUCCGUCUACCCGGAGAGUCCCCUUUAAUAUCCUUGCUGAUGGAACAUUUUGCAGAACACUGGCAUAAAUGUAAUGGAGAACCAUUUGCCAACGCUGACGCAGCCUUCACUCUAGCGUAUGCUGUGAUAAUGCUGAACGUGGACCAACACAACCACAACGUCAAGAGACAGAACAACCCGAUGACUGCGGACGAGUUCAAACGCAACCUGAAGAAAGUCAACGGAGGCCAAGACUUCGACCAGGAUCUGCUGGACGAUAUAUACAUAGCUAUCAAGAAUGAGGAGAUUGUGAUGCCAGCCGAGCAGACUGGUCUAGUCAGAGACAACUACUUGUGGAAGGUGUUGCUGAGGAGAGGGGAGGGUAAAGACGGAGUCUACAUCCACGCUCCCAAUGGUCUCCUCGAUCACGACCUCUUCAGUCUCAUCUGGGGACCCACAGUGGCAGCCCUCAGCUUCAUGUUUGACAAGAGCCACGACCCUGCCAUCUAUCAGAAGGCCAUAUCGGGAUUUAGGAAGUGCGCCAUGAUCUCUGCUCACUAUGGCAUGAGCAAUGAUUUUGACAAUCUCAUUGUGUCCCUCUGCAAAUUCACAAUGCUCAUCAACUCAAAUGAGUCGCCAGACAGUUUGACGAUAUCCUUUGGUGGCAACCCCAAGGCCCUGUUGGCAGCCAGCACUGUGUUCAACCUGGCUCACAGACACGGAGACAUAAUACGAGAAGGGUGGAAGAAUGUGCUGGACUGUAUACUACAGCUGUACAGGUGCAAACUGCUGCCGAAAAUACUCGUGGAGGCAGAAGAUUUUAUUGAGCUCAGUGGGAAAAUCUCACUUAUGCGUGAAGAAAUACAGCUUAGUCAAAAAGCUGAGACGGGCCUUCUAAGUUCAAUCUAUUCAUACAUUUCAUUAGGCUCAGAAAUGUCCAGUCACCGAGUCCCUUCUCCUGAAGAUCAGGAUCACAUCAGACAAGCCCAAGCCUGUAUCAGGGAUUGUCAUUUGGAACAGCUAAUCACAGAGUCCAAGUUUCUAAGAUCUGAUUCUCUCCAUGAACUCAUCAAGGCACUGAUACACGCAUCAUACGGCCCUGAAGGUCACGUUUCUCUUGGUACGUCAUACAAUGAAGACACUGCCGUGUUUUUCCUCGAGUUACUUCUGAAGGUUGUGAUACAAAACAGAGACAGAGUGAGCAGUAUAUGGCAGAGUGUGAGGGACCACAUAUACACACUGCUGAUGGGAGCAGCUGCUUGUGACCAUCACUUCCUGGUAGAGAGGUCGGUGGUAGGGCUGCUGCGACUUGCGAUACGACUCAUGCGGCGUGAGGAUAUGAGCCCAGUGGUACUUCAGUCUCUGAGGAUGUUACUGCUGCUGAAGGCCUCUACACUAGCCAGGGUCGCCAGACAGGUGUCGUAUGGACUGUACGAGCUGCUGAAGACGAGUGCUGCCAACAUACACUCGGCCACAGACUGGGCUAUCAUUUUCACUCUACUGGAGUGUGUUGGUGCUGGAGCCCCUCCUCCUCGGGUGGUUGGCAAACCUUCCCAUCAUGAGACAGGAGCCAAGUCAGACGGGGAGGUGGGACUCAACCCCAAGUUUGGUAUUGAGGAAGACAGCGGCUUGGGGAACGAGCGAGGCUGCACUUCUGACUCAGAGCUUAGUCUCAACCAGAAUAUCCCCUCUAGUCCUAACACCACCAGUCCAGAGCUGUCCCCCAACACUGGCGGAGGGUGGAUAAUGGUUGGCCGUGAAGGGGACAUCCAGCCUCUGAAUCGUCCGCUCUCCCAUAUGUUCAGCGGAGGGGGGGAGAGAGACCUUGCAUCCCAUGAUCCCUUCUCUCUGGUCAAGUGUUGUGAGAGUCUAGCGUUCCUGGUACGUGAUGUCGCGCACAUCACUCCGUACAACUUUGAGAACUGUGUACAUUGCAUCCGUACCUUCGUCGAGGCUAGCCUGGAGUCCAGCAGCAAAAGUCGGAAGACAAACAAGGAAGCAGGUGGGAAGCAAAGGAGGCGAGUGGCUGGUCGUAAGAAGGAGGAAACAAGAGCUCGCAGUCCUACAUCAGCCUACGACGCUGAUGAGAGUGACUCUGAGGAAGUGCCUAGUGGGUAUCACCAGGUGCCUAUUCAGUUGCUGGACCUGAUGCACACUCUACACACUCGUACAGCUCAGAUCUACAGGUGGUGGGCUGAGGAGAACGCAGAGACUGAGCUCACCUCACUGUGGGCGCAAGGCUGGUGUCCGCUUCUGCAGGGUAUUAGCAGACUUUGCUGCGACACCAGGAAACAGGUGCGUAUGAGUGCCAUUACCUAUCUGCAGAGAGCGUUGUUGGUCCACGACCUACAGACACUCAACGGGGAUGAGUGGGAGUCUUGUUUCAACAAAGUGUUGUUCCCUCUACUGUCCAAACUACUAGAGCCGAUGCCCAACAACGACCACUCGGGACUGGAGGAGACAAGAAUGAGAGCAGCCACACUGUUGUCUAAGGUGUUCCUACAUCACCUGACCCCUCUACAGUCCCUGCCUACCUUCACAGCGCUGUGGAUGAGGAUACUAGACUACAUGGACAAGUACAUGCAUGUGGACAAGAGUGAUCUGUUGUAUGAGGCUAUCCCAGAGUCGCUGAAGAACAUGUUGCUAGUGAUGGACUCCGCGGGAGUGUUCUCCACGGCAGACCAGAGUCACUCCCAGCUGUGGAGUCUCACGUGGGACAGGAUCAACUCCUUCCUGCCUAACCUGCACCAGGAACUGAUCAAGAGUCACCCUCCACCACCCUCACAGGACACGCAAGUUGGAGAACAAACCAAGCCAGUGUCUCCAGACCAGCUGUCUAAUCCACCAACUCCUUCUGUCACACAAACACCAGCAUCAGCAUCUAUACCUGUACCUGUACCAGCUCCAGCAACCCCAUCAGUCACUGUGCCUAGAACAGAGAGAGUGAUGGGCCCCCCGCCUGCAGCCCCAGUCUCCGCCAAUAGACAAAAUACCUCUACCACCAUCUUCCCCCACAUGGGACAGCUUGUCUCCACUCCUAUUGGUCCACCUAAUCCUCCACACUCCUCCACAUCCCCUGUUAUUCUACCUCCCUCCCCCCUGUACCCCAUCCCUCCCUUGCCCUGUGCAACCCCUGUACCCCCAGUACCCCCAGUACCCCCAGUACCACCAGUACCCCAGGCCAGAGCGGAGAUCACUGAUGAUCAAUCCUCCAGUCUGCCAGUGUAUGAUGGGUUUGCCACCAUUCCAUCUGAACCUGCUAUUCCACCUUCCGCUCAGUUCUUCUACCAAGAUGUGGUACAACCUCAAGGUACGACGCAAAGUUCCUCCCCUCCAUCUAGCUCUGGUGGAGGUCUACUUUUAGAAAACACAGUGAUAUCUUCUCUGCCCAUAAUAUCUCCUCCGGAUUCUUAAUUGUGAGCAACUCUGUAGGUUAAUGUUGUUAUUGGUUACUCUGUUAUUGUUGAUUGCAUUUGAAAUACGGUAAAAUAUGUCUAACAUUAUGUAAAGCACAAUCUUCUAGUCAAAUUCUCACCCCCACUCUGUGAAAUAUAUAGUGUUAUACAAAGUAAACCGCUUGAGUGAGCCACCAUUGGUAUCUUAGAAACUAUUAGAUUUAGCAAUAGCUUUAAAUUAGGAACUUUUCCUUCUUAAUGUUUGUAAAAAUAUGUGCGUAAAUGUGGCGGUCAACUUUUUCAAAAAUUUUUACCUAGGAAGUUAUACAAGUCUACCAUCAAAAUAUAUCAUUUCUCUCCCCUGGUUUCUUAUAGAGAAAAUAUUGAAUUUUCACAGCUUGUAUCUUUGAAAUUGAUAGAUUUGUAAUUUAAAUAAAGGACAGAUGAACAGCAUAUAAAGUCUGAAACCAUCUCAUUAAAUUGGAAUUUUUGUAAGAACUCCCUAGUAAAUCUCCAUAUUACAAAAUAUACAUGAGAAUAGGGUUAAGUUCACAACAAGUUUUUUUAUGAACCUAAUAAUUCCUAGAUACCUUUGGUGGAUACCAAAUAAGCUGUUUACGCUGUAUAUGAAAAGAAGAAUGUCAAUUACAAUAGUUAUCAAAAGACCAGUUUUGAAAUUCACAGUGUACCUGACUAAGCUUGAACUUGAAAUGUUGGUUUUCUAACAUUUCAUGUGAGGAAUGUUAUAGAAAAAUGUUAUUUUGAAAUUCAUGGCUUGCCAUUAAUAAUAAUGUAUAUUAUAUUGAAUAUUAUUGUACCUAAUCACAUUUAUGAAAAUACAUAUACUAGCGUCACUUAAUUGUACCUACCUAUAUUCUUUGAAUGGCAUUAGUGUUUUAAAUACGAGGUUGUUUUACUUGGUAUAAAACGGUUGUCUUUUAUAUUUUAUAUUGAAUUUUAUACGUUUUAGCGUGUAUAUUCGUCCUUUUUAAUAAAAAAAAAACCACUAUGAGUAUUAUGACUUACUUAAAUUACAAAGUCAAAAUUUUAAAAUUUUAUAUUUAAUUUAGAAUUUUUUAGCCAAGGAUGUUUAUAGCCCUACUUUUGUUCAAGUGUUUUCCUCAGUACUUCCCUACUAACACAAUACAUUCCAAUAAACUACUUAUGAAUCGGGGAGCGAGCUGGUCUAGUGGUUAGAGCACGGGACUUCGGUUCCAGAGGUCCCGGGUUCAAAUCCCGCCAAAUCACCAAUGGAUUUUAUCUAUGUGAUAAUGCCGCAACCCCUAGGUCUAGCCUGAAGUAAUGUGAAAAACAAUUCCGGGCUCGUGCCUAGCGUCCUAGGACAAAAAAAAAAAAAAAAAAAAAAAAACUACUUAUGAAUUGGCCAAAAGAUUAUUGUUACUGUGGUAUGUGUUUACUGUAGUUUUUGUUUUAUUUGUUGUUAAUGGUGGUACCAUUCCAUUUAAUGAAUGUAAAUAUUAAUGAUUUAGAUUGUUUGUCCCUAUAUACGGUAUAUUAUGUUCUUGUAUAACAAGAUAAACCAAAAUUUACUAUUCAAGAAUGUUGUACAUAAUGGUAUAGACUUCUUUAUAGCAGUUAUAGUAAACAUAAAGGAGUAUAUUUGUAAAGUAAACUCUAUAAACGAGCC